CUCUUAUUAUCAGAACGCGUGACCAAAAUCAGAGGAAAACACUGAACAUUUAAGUAUUUAACUAAACGUGGCAUUAUCUAUACAUACCUGCAACGGAUAGAAGAUCAUAAUUAUCAGCAGCCUUAAUCCUAAAACUCCUAAUUUGAUCGGUUUGUCAGAAGAUGUCAUUCCCUCCUCAUCUGAACCCGAUACCCCAGUUACCCCCUGGCAUUUCUGCCACACAGUUUGGAGGGUUUCCCACCUCUAUCCCUACAGCGAGUCCAAUAAUUCCAAUGCAUAUGGGAAUGAUGCCUCCAUCCCCAGCGGUUUUGGUACCAACUACAGUGCAAUUAGUUCAGAAGCCACUGGGGCUGACUAGGGAGGCUAUUGCCACCUGUACCAAGGAGCUAGAGGAAGGUACCGGUGCCAACACGGGGCCGACCACCACAGUGUUUGUGGGAGACAUCUCAGAAAAGGCCUCUGACAUGCUGGUGCGGCAGCUGUUGGCGAAAUGUGGUUUGGUCCUCAGCUGGAAAAGAGUCCAGGGGGCUUCUGGAAAACUGCAAGCGUUUGGUUUCUGUGAGUACAAAGAGCCUGAGUCAACACUGAGAUCUCUCCGACUUCUUCAUGAGCUGCAAGUGGGAGAUAAGAAGUUACUUGUGAAAGUGGAUGCAAAGACCAAAGCUCAGCUGGACACCUGGAAGGCCAAUCAGAAGAGAUCAAAUGGGACUCCUCAGUUUAGAGAAGAUGCUACAGCUGAAGAGGUUCUGGAUGAUGAGACAAAGCGACGUGAUCAGAUGGUGAAGGGUGCUAUCGACAGUCUGAUCCGGGAGUAUUCCAGUGAGCUCACGGCCUCCUCACAGGAUGCUGAAGCCCAUCAACGCAAGAAACGUAGAGAGAAGAAGGAGAAUGAUAUAAAUGCCAUGGAGAUGGAGGAUGACAAGCGAGACCUGAUUUCCAGAGAGAUUAGCAAAUUCAGAGACACGCACAAGAAACUGGAGGAGGAGAAGGAUAGAGAACGACAGCAGGUUGAGAAAGACAGGGGAGACAGGGACAAAGAGAGGGAACGAGAGAGAGAACGACGUGAUCGGGAGAGGGAUAAGGAGCGUGAGAGAGAGAGGCAGAAGGAGAGAGAAAAGGAGCGAGAGAGAGAGCGUGACCGCGAAAGAACGAAGGAGAAAGAAAAAGAGCGGGAAAAAGAAAGAAUUCGUGAUCAAAGUACAGUCCGAAGCAGAUCAAGGGAGAGAAGUCGAGAAGAAAAGAAAAGAGAGCGAGAAGAGGACGAGGAGGAGACUUACGAACGCCGCAAGCUGGAAAGAAAGCUACGUGAAAAGGAGGCAGCCUAUCAGGAGCGCCUGAAGAACUGGGAGAUCAGAGAGAGGAAAAAAUCAAGGGAUUACAUUAAAGAUGAGGAGAGAGAUGAGGAAAGAUGCAGGGAGAUGAGUAAAGAAGCGAAGCGAUUGAAAGAGUUCCUAGAGGAUUAUGAUGAUGACAGAGAUGAUCCUAAAUACUACAGGGGCAGCGCGCUGCAGAAGCGAUUGAGGGACAGAGAGAAAGAGCUGGAAUUCGAUGAGAGGGACAGAAAGAGAGAGAAAGAUGAACUGGAGGAGAUCAGACAGAGACUUCUAGCAGAGGGACACCCAGACCCUGAUGCUGAACUUCAGAGGAUGCAGCAGGAGGCCGAGAGGGUGUACCAGCCUCCUCAAAAGCAGGAGCAGAGCGAGGAGGUGAAUCAAAUCUCCUGUGAGGAGCAUCAGAGAAAAGGAUGCACCGAGCAGGAGGCAUGCUCCUCAGACAAUAAUGUCACAGACCAAGAGGAAGAUGAGGACAAAGAUGAUGACCGAGAGCACAAGCCAUGCUUGAAGCCCACGCUCAGACCUGUUACCACAGUGCCCUCCAUCUCUUCUACCAGCGGCAACGGCACACCACUUACACCCGAAAGUGAAUCACCACAAUGUGUCAACACUCUGCAUGAGAACUCUUCACAUGAGGCUCCGCCCACAGAGGAGAACAGGCCUAAAAUAGGCCUCAGUCUCAAACUGGGUGCUGCGGGCAGUCCAAAAAUGCCCCAGGCAGUAAGACGAAAGGCUCUUGCUGCAGUGGACAGCGUCUUUAAUAAGUUUGCUGAAGAAGAGGCAGAGGAAACACCCAAGAAGAGGAAGCUGGUACCUCUGGACUACAGUGAAGAUGAGAAGGGAGGCCUGAGCUUGGAUGGGACAGAGGUCACGGGGUCACAGCCUGGUGUAAACACAGAAGAGAAACGAAAACAUAUCAAGAGUCUGAUUGAGAAAAUCCCCACAGUCAAACAAGAGCUGUUUAACUAUCAACUGGACUGGAACAUGGUGGACACGACGUUGAUGGACAGGAGGAUCCGCCCCUGGAUUAAUAAAAAAAUUAUAGAGUACAUUGGAGAGGAGGAGGCCACACUAGUCGACUUCGUCUGUUCUAAGAUUAUGGCUCACAGCACACCAGAGGGAAUUCUGGAAGAUGUUGCCAUGGUACUGGAUGAGGAGGCAGAAGUGUUUAUAGUGAAAAUGUGGAGACUUCUGAUUUAUGAAACAGAGUCCAAGAAAAUUGGCCUGGUGAAAUAACAUGGAGUGCUGAGCUGGACUGAGAGGGAUAGAAACGAGUAGGAGAGAGGAUAGUGACCUUGCAUAUCUCUCCAACUCUUAAAGCCUUUAAAUUAAAGUAUGGUGGGUGAACACCACAGAGAUACAGACUGCUGCACUUCCACUCUUCCUAUAUUCUCCAGGGAAUGAACUGCACAUCGUGGUGUGUGUGUGUGUGUGUGUGUGUGUGUGUGUGUGUGUGUGUGUGUGUGUGUCUGUCUGUCUGUCUGACUGCAUUUCCAAAAUUAAAAGGUUGAAAAUGCUGCUUAAAAGGAAUAUUCCUGGUUCAAUACAAGUUGAGCUCAAUUGACAUAAUUUGAUGCAUAAUGUUGAUUAACAGAAAUAAAUAUUUUGAAUUGUCCCCCCCCUUUAAAAAAAGCACAGGGUUACAGUGAGGCACUUACAAUGAAAGUAAAUAGGGCCAAUCUGUAAAUGUUAAAAUACUCACUGUUUCAAAAGUAAAGCCACAAGACGUAAACCAUAUGUGUGUUAACAUGACUUUAUUCUGAUGAAAUUACUUACUAACCUUUUCUAUGUAAAGUUAUAGCUAAUUUUACAGCUUUGUUUCCAUGACAAUGUAAUGUCGUAAACCCUAAAAUUACAGUGAAAACAACAUUUUAAACAACUUUACAGCUACAACAGAACACUUAAUGUAAAUACUUUUAUAAACUUAUAAGCUUCGCAUUUCUGACUUUUUUUAACCCUCCAAAAAUUGGCCCCAUUCACUUCCGUGUUAAGUGCCUUACAGCCGUAAUUUUAGCUUUUUUUUUUUUUUUUUAAAGAAAAGCAGGGACCAGUCAAUAAUUUUUUUUGUGCUAGUCAACAUUAUGCCACAAAUGCUGUUGAUUGAGCUUAACUUGUGCUGAACACAGAAUAUUCCUUUAAUGUACAGAAUAAAUGGGGAGUCUAGUUUGGCUGGCAGUUUUCCUUUGAUUCAGUUGUCUUAAUUCAUUUAGAUUGUUAUUUAAUUCUGUUCUGUCUCCAAAUAUUUGCACAACCAAGUUCAAUCAGAAGUUUUUCUUUAAUUAUUUAAGUGAACUCAGUUGGGUUUAACUGUAUGCCUGCCUCAUUACAAGAUAGUAUGAAGUCAUUUUCUGUGCACUGUAUUUACAAAAACAUUGUUUAAAUAAGAAUUAAUAUUUCAUAGCCUCAAUAAGUAGGCUCAGUGAAGUCUUACAUGGGAGUCUGUGAUGUGGGAUUUUCUGAAGGUUUUUGCACCAGUGGUUUUGAAUGUAGAGUACUUUGCACAUACCAGCCCAGUCAAAGAUUUGUUUCCAUGGUGAUUGAUUUGACUUUGAAAUAUUAAAAUGUUUGAUUUUGUAAACAA